AUUCUUCAGAGGUGGAUCAUCGUAGCCACAGGACUGACUCAUGCGCCCCAGGGUGAGUUUAAAGCUGCUGCAGAACUCCGAGAACAAACAGAGUCUGCUGUGGGACUCCUCUGAGCACUCCCCAGACUGUGAGCAUCUGACCUGGAUACUACUGACAGAAAACUCUUUGUUUGAACUUAAACAUGGAGACCAAAGGGCCGCUGCUGCUGCUGCUGCUGCUGCUCAACAUCAGUGGAGCUUUUAGUGCAGCGGUGCAGUGGACAGAUCUCAAUGAAGCAAAGGUGAGAUUAUAGUUUUCUUUCAGAUGAUUUCAAAAAAGGAAAACUGUAUGUAAAAUCAGGCUUAAUGAGGAUAUAAUAUGAUUUUUGUUGUCUGCUUCUUUACACACAGGCCUAUUUGAGGCAGUUUGGCUACCUGAGUGACUACGCUGAUUCACAGGACCCUGAGAAUCUGGAACAGAUCAUAGAGGCUCUCCGGUAAAACUCACUGACCUGUUGUUAAGGGAGGAUCAGACUUAAAGUUAUAUUUCAAACACACUGUGCCUGUAUGGGGUCUGUGGAAUCUCAAAGAUACAGAGGAGGAGAAUAGCAGAAGCCCGCCUUGUGUUUUAAAAAUGAAGUUGCAGUUGUCAUUGUAUGUUUUGUUUUUUUUCUGCAGGGUUUUCCAGAGGGCCAAUGAUCUCCCACCCACGGGUGAACCAGAUGAAGCCACCUUGAGUGUGAUGAGAGCACCCCGCUGUGGCAUGGAGGACAACUUCAACAAGAAACACCACAAAUUCAGAGUGAAUGGUGAGUAAUGCAGAGUGUCUGGAACCUCUUUAUCUGAUAUAUUUUGGAUUUGUUAAACCUGGAUAAAGCGGCAACAUUGACUGCCUCAUUUGUUAACUGGAUGAAAAGCAUCUUGCUGUGGUUAAAACAAACUCAACAGGUAUAAACCAGUGAGCACAAACUUACUAGUUUUAGUUAUUAUGUAGACUGACAAAAAAAAAAUCCUUUUAUAUGAAGAGUUGAAGAACUUAAUAUCAGUGAGAUAUUCAAAAAGAAACCAUCUGUAAACAUCUGUCUUAUUAUAAUAAUUCAUCCCAUAUCUAUCAGUCUAAAAAGUCUGGACACGCCGGUAACACUUUACAAUAACCAUAACUUACAAAUGGUAAAUAGACCAUUUCUAAUUAAUAAGCUGAUAGUUUAUUAAUGUUUAAUCAUCAUUAAUAAAUAGCAUAUAGACCAUUAAUAAAUUUUACAAUUUUAAGAACCUAACCCUAACUUUACAAUAACCGUCUAAGUAAUGUUUAUAGAUGGUUUAUAAACCACUUAUUAAUCAUUUAUAAAGUAUUACAAACAUCAGUUGCAACUUUAUAAUAACCAUCUAAGUAAUGUUCAUAGAUGGCUUAAAAACCAAAUAUUAACCAUUUAAUCUAGAUGUUUUACAACCGAUAUUUAAACCCUAUAUAAACCAUUUAUAAAUAGUCCAUUAAUAAUUAAUGAAAGUUAUUAAUCAUAAUUUCAUAGCUUCUUAAUGGUAAAGUAACUAUUAACUUACAUUAAUAAACUAUCUAUUUGCCAUUAAUAAUUGGUGUAGAUGCUGUUUAUAAAUGAUGAUUAAACGUUAAUAAACUAUCUAUUUACCAUUUAUAAAUUAUGGUUAUUGUUAAGUGUUACCGACACGCCCCUUCCGCCACUAACAUCGGUGUCCUUUGGGAAGAUAAAACUUACUGAUUAAGAAAACUCUCGCUGGGUUUGAAGCUAAAAUAAUUCUCUUCUAGGUCGUUGGAGAAAGAAUAGUCUGACAUACCGCAUCUACAACUACACACCUGACAUGAAGAGAUCAAACGUGGACAGUGCAAUCCGCUCUGCCUUCAAGUACUGGAGCGAUGUGACUCCUCUGACCUUCAGAGAAACCAGCUAUGGAAGACCAGACAUUAAGAUCUCCUUCCACAAGAAAGACGGCUGCCUGGUCCCAUUUGAUGGCCCUGGUUAGUGUUUAUUUCUAAUCUGCAUUCUUUCACCCCUGAAACACAAACUACUCUAAGUGUUUAACUUUUUCCCAAACAGGACGUGUUCUGGCUCAUGCUGAGUCACCAGAAUCUGGUAUUGUCCACUUUGACGAUGAUGAGUUCUGGACUGAGGGGACAUAUUAUGGCUCGAACCUGCGCAUCGUUGCAGCUCAUGAGAUCGGACACGCUCUCGGCCUCCUUCACUCAGAGUAUAGGAGAGCUCUGAUGUCUCCAGUCUACAACGGAUACCAGAGCAACUUCAGGCUGCAUUUUGAUGACGUCCAAGGCAUCCAGGCCUUAUAUGGUGAGAGCAGAGAAGACAUAAGAGGAUCAGAGAUGUCCAUUUUAAGUUGAUUUUUACAGUUUGCAAAUCCAUGAUAUUACUUUAGUUUCCUCUCCUUUACCUUUGCAACUUUCUGUUUUGUAGGAAAAAGUGUUGGCAGCAGCUUAGCAGGAGCAACAAGCACUGCCAGUCUGACUCCCACAGAGAGCAGCCAUGAGACUGAGAGCCCAUUUGACCCUUGUACUGCUGACCUGGAUGCCAUCAUGUUGGGUGAGUAAGUGGGGUAGAAAAGGGUUAAAGCUGAGAAGAAACUCUGACCACAACACAAUCAGUCAAUCAAUCUUUCCAUAGUAGUUUCUUAAAAUCAUAAUUGUAAUACAGGAUACAUGUAAUACAGAAUACAGGAUGCUCAGAACAGCACCUAACUUCAUCAACAGUACAUGUAGGGUCCUAGCCACCAAAUAUCUUUUUAGCUUUGCCUGAUUUCUUUAGCAAAGAGACCAAACACAACUCACCUACUCUCUUCCAGCAGCCGCUUGUUUGUCGCGAGACCUUGGGCAAAUCCAUUGUGGACUACAGCGGGGUGACACAGCUCAAGGAAGAACAUUUAUGAUCACUUCUUCAUGGAAAUGCAGAUCGAGACGCUAAGGCAGAGGAACUACCGCAUCUGCAGUGCAAAAUGAUUAAUAUGAUGAUUAGUACUUCAAGGAAAUGAUAAAGAAGUGAUCAUAAAUGUUCUUCCUUGAGCUGCGUCACCCCGCUCUAGUCCACAAUGGACUGGCCCGAGGUCUCGCAACAAACAAGCGGCCGCUGAAAAAGAGUAGGUGAGUUUAAUAUCUUUGCAAAAGAAAUUAGGGAAAACUAAAAAGAUGUUUGGUGGCUAGUGCUGUGGCUGGGACCCUAUAUGUACUGUUGAUGAAGUUAGGUGCUCUUCUGAGCAUUAUUUGCGGCUAUAGAGUGGCUAGAGUGGUGUUUUGGUUGAUGUUUGUUUAUGGCUCCUCAGACUGCUGUGUAUUGCUAUCAUGCGGUCUUUACUAAAAUUGGUAUGACUAGAGAAGCAAGCGGUCGGCAACAUUCAUCUCUUGAGGGGGUGUCUAACUCGGUGUUACAGUGUGUUUGAUCCUAAAAUAAUUUUACGCCGGAAUAUCCCUUUAAUCUUUUUAAAUGGGCUUCAACAUCUUCAUAUUUGGCUCUCCUAUCAUACAAAGACUUGAAUUUUUAUCCUAUCAUGUCUCAGAAACAGUUUAGUAGCUCAGUGUUUUUUUAAAAACAGGUCCUUGGAGGAAAACUUACGCAUUCAGUGGUGAUUAUGUCUGGACCAUCUCUGACCUGGGACACAACCCACCUAUAAAGAUCACUCGGCUCUGGACGACUCUCCCAGGGAACCUGAAUGCUGCUGUGCACUCUCCAAGAACCAAUAAGACCUACUUUUUGAAAGGUACAGUUCAUGUCCUUAUCUGCUGCUGUAUCUUAAACAUUCAGUUUUCCACCUAAACAUUUGUUCUGUAUGGGGUCACAGGCAGCAAAGUGUGGAGGUACACCGGCUUCAGUCUGGACUGGGGAUAUCCCAAAGAAGUUAAACGAAUUCCUCACAGUAUUGAUGCGGCUCUGUACCUGGAGAGGAACAAGAAACUAGUCUUUAUUAAGGUAUGAACAAAUGUGACACAAAACAGUGACUCAGGAUCGAUUCUUUUAAAACAAUGGCACACUUUAAAAGUAAAUUGAAGCAGAGUAUGGUUGAAAAAUACAUAAGUGAUUUGCGUUUUGUCACAUUUAUUAUAUUGCAUAUGGGUAUGGUACAAAUGAGAGAUUUGUAGCAUUCUAGGUAUAUAUAUAAAAUGCAUAUUUGUGUGUAUAUACCUGUAUAUAGGUAUGGAUAUAUGUAUAUAUAUAAGGUAUUUGUUUCAGUAUAAAUGAUUUGUUACAUAUUCAUGUUAGACUUUGGAGCUUUAGUUACUUUUUGGUGACUUCAGAAAUUCUAAAAUUCUAGAAAAGUAAAGGGUCAACGAAUAGGAAGGAAUGAGGGUAGGUACAAAUAAGCUCAACAGCUCCUACCGACUCCUUUUUGAGCUCCAAAAAAUAGGGAAUUUCUUGUCUACAAUUGUACUGUUUGUAUAUUUGAUCGUAUAAACAAUCCCUCCCACUCACCCUUUUUGUUGCUGUCCUACAGAAAACUUCUGUUUUCUGUCAAAAUGUUUUUAUUUGCUUUGUUUUGUUGUGCACAAGAGACAAAUGUUCAAAACCAGUACAGGCAAACAUACAACUUUCAGGGUGUUGUCGAAAUAUAUAAAUAAAUAAGCAUGCAUACCUAAAUAAGUUACAAAAAAAAGUUUUAAAGUCUUAAGAUAUUAAAUCACUUAAUUAAUCCAAGCAAUUACAAAAAGUAUGUUUAGUAAUCUCAGAGUUGUUUUUAAUCUUGUCAUAGAUAAAUAACACUAAAGAAAUCAACUUUUUAUUUAGUACCUUUUUUUUUUAAAAUUCUCUCUUUGGUCUGUGCUGUACAGGGGUCAGAUCACUGGCAGUGGGAUGAGAUGAAAUACAACGACCUAUCCCACUAUCCCAAACCGCUCUCAAUGCUCUUCACCGGGGUUCCCUCAAGUCCAGACGCAGCCUUCACCUGGACUAAUGGGAAAGUGUUCUUCUUUAAGGGGGAUGAGUACUGGCGCGUGAAUGAGAUGCUGCGUGUCGACAAAGGAUACCCACUGAGCAAGAAAGAGCGCUGGAUGCAGUGCUAAAAGUCAACCACCAGGGGGCAGAAAGCAUCAAGAGAGAAUCAGCCAGCAGGUGGCGCUGGUUAUACAUUCCAGGGGCAUUGACAACAAGGGAACCUCAAGGCAGUGAUUCAUAGCUGUACUGAGUUUAUUUCACUGGAUCUGAUUUUAAACAAGUGACUCCCUGCUCUCCAGUGCAGGAUGUUUUUUUGAAUAUUUUUCUGAGUUUUUGUUUUCGUGACUAUGUGUGUGUGUGUGUUAUGUAACUUUUCUAUGAUCUCAGGGAGAAAUCAAGGGACGCCUUCUGUUUUUCUCUCAGACAUAUGUGUUGGAUUAAGAAUGCUUUCUGUAAGAUGUAAUAUGACGGUGGGAGUGUGCACUUUCUGUUCAGCCUUAUUAUGCAACCCUUUUAAAUGUAGCUAAACACAUCUAUGAUCUCAUGGAUGGACUGUGAGACAUCAUGAGGCAUAUGUGUGUGUGUGACCUAUGUGCAACAUUUUCUACGAUUAAACGAGACAAAAUGAGAAGUGUAAAA